AUGUCUCGUAAAAGGGUUUUUCUUUUGUGUAUUUUUUUGGCCAUUUCUGCAGUUGUUGACGAAGCCGAGUCGUUCAGGAAGCCGGACGCCGCAACGAAUGUCUCCUUCCUGGAGCUAACCCCAAAUGGUAACACUGAAGAAGGACAGGCGGGGGACCACUCGCAGGACCAGGGGCAGCCAAGUGAACCCAUUGUUAACACCCAGCCGUUGCAGGAAAAUGUAAGUGAAGCUGUUAGCCAUUCGGAGGAGUCAACUGGGGGGAGCACUGAGAAGGGAAAUGACGGCGGCCAGGUGGAGCCAACACCGGGGGGAGGCCAUGAGGAAACUCCCCACGGAGGAGAGCACGACAAAGGGAGCAACGGUAGUGACGCAAGCAUCGGGGCGGAGGGAAAGACGGACGGCCACGCGGAAGAAGCGGCACACGAACAGGCCGUCGGGAAAGUGACACUCGAGAAGAACGACGCACACAAUGAGAGUACCACCACGGGCUCUAAUUCGGAUAAGGAGGAGCAGGACUUGUAUACAUCCGCCCCUUCAGAUAGAGAAGAAAACAGCCACCCUGUCAUGACUAAUAUGAACAACACGGUAGGUCUGAGAGGGGGAAACGCCUCUGAAUCGGCAACCCCAAGUGAAGAUAAAGCGUCCGAACAGGAUGUGCCCCAUGAAGCGGCAGCUCAAAAUGGUGAGGUCAGUUCGCAGGAGGCUUCCCACGCGGGAGCACAGCUUCCUGUGCAUGUCGACAGUAAGGAGGCGGGGGAGCAUGGCGACAGUGGGAAGCACGCAGAGCACGCGGAACACGCAGAACACGCAGAACAUGCAGAGCACUCAGAGCACGCGGAACACGCGGAACACGCAGAGCAUGAUGAACAAGGAGACAACCAAAUAUACGGGACGAUCCACCCCGAGGUCGAAGCUUCCGUUUUAUCCUCGCUGAAGGAAAAGGGCAUCCACGUAUCCAGCAGAGAAAGAAUAAUCCUUGAGAUCAUCGAAAGCGCCAAGGAAGGAGUAAAAGGAUUAUUAAAGCUACGGACGAGUAAAGAGACAGGAAAGAUACUCCAGGAAGCUCUAGAUAAGCUGAACAUAAAUCAAAGAGAUCUAAAUGUUAACAAUAAUUCUAUUACCCUAGAAAAGUAUGAUAAAAUUCUAUCCGAAAUGUUUAAGAUAUUAACAGAAAUGUCAUUCUAUAAGGAUGGUCAUUUUUACGAAACGUUAGGUUUGAACAAAUCUAUACUAAAUCAAUCACUAAAAGAAAUAAAAAUAAAAAUGUUGAGGACUAUUGGAGUACCCUACACCAAGUUACCUCCAAUUGUUAAGAACAAAGAUAAAGAAGGUACAUGUACAGUUAAUAAUCUUAUCAUUAGUAUUACUUCUAAGGAGUUAGCUCAACGAAUGGCUAUCAUGUUCGCAAAAUGGCUAGCUCCAGAAGAAUACGGAUCUGUAGUAGACCUGGAUAAAAGCAUAGAAUUAAAUGUACUCUGCACAGGGGCACCUAUCCUAGUGCAACAGUGGAAAUAUUACCAAAAUAUGUUAGGGUUCGAAGUGGGAAAUGAACAUGCCUUUUUAAAUUUAAUCGAUGAGUUGUUAGUCAUUGACAAAAGACAUAGUAACAAUGAACAGUAUUCAAAAGUUUUAAAGAAAAUAAAAAAAUCGAAGGCUUUUAAUUAUUGUACAAAAGCUAUGAGAAUUGCAGGUAAUAUUUCUUCCAUUCCAUUUAAUCAUGAAAACAAUAAGACGCCAAGUUAUUCGAUCAUCGGUUCGUUAGGUAACCUGGUGAAGGCUCACAUGGGGAAUUACUACAUUGCCAUUGCUAACAGAAUAAAUUCUUAUUUUGCAUAUGCUGAAAAAAGGAACAAAAAAAACAGUCCUUUAAAAGCUGCUUCCGUCUGUACUCUCCUUCAUUUGACCGAUAUGCUUUUCAACUGCUCUGAUGAGCACCAGAAGAACAUUUUGGACCUCAACACUUUGAAGUUGAACAUUCUGAACAUGCAGGGCAAGCGUGUGCUGCAGCCCCUCGUCAAAAUGAGUUUCCUCAGCGAGACGCAGAACGGCACCAUCAAGGAGAUCUGCGAGCCUAGUAACCACCUAGUGGACGAGACCCUGUCGAAGCUGCUCAACCUGCUCUCAACCAGCUCCCACGAAUUGCUCGCAGCUGAGGUGGAAAAGCGCGGCUUCGACGAGGACUACAUCCAGGAGGAAAUCAAAAAUAUAAACGAAAGCGACAACAACGUUCGGGACAAGGGCGAAGACGAAGUGGAAAAUCUCAUUUUUGAAGAUUUGUGA